AUGUACCCUAAUAAUUCAUUUAUUACACAUCACAAAGAUGUGAAAGUCAAUGAAUUGAUUAUCAAUGGGGAAUGGAAUGUACCUGCAGAAAUGUUUAACUUCUUUAAUCUAGAAGAUUUAGCAUCUAUUGGUUAUGGAAAAGACAAGCUCAUAUGGACAAUUGAUUUGUCUGGAAAAUUUUCAGUGAAAAGUGUAGUGCAACUAAUCAGAAAAAAGUAUCCUUGUGUUACUUGGGAAAAACAUGUAUGGAAUUCCACAAUACACCCUAAAAUUUCAACUAAUGUAUGGAAAAUUCUUAGAGGAGCAUGUGCAACUGAGGAGAAUUAUAGAAAAAGAGGAUUUCACACUGUUUCCAAAUGUUACUUAUGUGGGAAUGGUCAGGAUACAAUGGAUCAUAUAUUGUGGUACUGUGAUUUUAGCGAAAAAAUCUGGCACUGGCUUGGUGGAAUAUUUAAAUUUUUGAACCCUUGCAACUUUAUGGAUGUAUCGAAGUGUGUCCAGAAGAAAAGCUCGGCUGUGAGAGAAGUUGGGUUUAUAUGUGCUUUUACUGUAAUGGUGGAGCUCUGGUUUACCAGAAACAGAGUAUGUUAUGAUGAUGAAAUUCCAAACUUGGUAAACUUCAAAUUGAGGAUAAUGCAGUUCACGAAAGAGAACAGUGUAAGAAUAAAGGGUGAAAUCAGAUAA